GUUUUUAUUUUUAUUUCAGCCUCGCCUGCCAUAAAUCCGGAAGUGAAAAUGCCUGCAAAAUCAACCCUUUCGCUCGCGCGAAGUUUAAUUCCUCUGUUUUUUUCUAGGACAUCGCAACCACCGUGUCUUGCAAGUCUUCUACGGAACUCAAAUUACCUAGAAAUUCAUUCAAGAAGAAGGUUUUGUUCUGUUACUGCUGGAAACGCCAAGAAAUAUUUGGAAGGAACGAGGGACCGGUUCAAUUGCGUAACGAUUGAUGUUGCGCAACAUUGCAAUCAAGUCGUCUGCUACAACGUCAACGACGCAUUGUUCAGCGAUGUUCUCCAUGACUCCAUCAUCAGUUGGCGAGAAGAGGGUCUUAAUGCCGUCUGGCUUCACAUUCCUAUUGCACAAAGUCACCUGACUGCCUUAGCAGCUAAACAAGGAUUCAACUUCCAUCAUGCAGAAGACAACAAAGCAGUACUAUCACUAUGGUUACAGGACGGCCCGUCUCGUCUGCCAGCAUUUGCCAGUCAUACAGUCGGAGUGUCCGGUUUCGUCCUAAAUGAAGAGAAAAGAGAAGUACUCAUGAUACAAGAUAAACACAGGCUUGCACGUUGGAAGUUUCCGGGAGGUUUCUCAUGUCCAGGAGAAGAUAUUCCCGAGACUGCUAUGAGAGAAGUCCUGGAGGAAACUGGUAUCCAAACAGAAUUUCAGGGAGUCUUGGCCUUUCGUCAGCAACACAACGUUCCCAGUGCGUUCGGUCGUUCGGACAUCUACGUCGUCACUCGCCUCAAACCCGUGACCUUUGACAUUAAUAUAUGUACCACGGAGCUGACAAAUGCAGCCUGGACUCCAGUAGAGGAACUUACAGCUGAAAAUGAACACACACAUUUGACUGUUCGCAUGGCCCAGUUGAUAGAGCAUGGGUAUCAUGUAGGAUUUGACAAAGUUGAUAUAAGUAUGCAUGAAUUGCCUUCGGUUUAUAAGAACAUGACAUACAAGUUGUUUCAUAGACCCAUGUCAAGUUGUAGUUAAUUGCAGCCCUGGUACUUAUCAUGAUUUUAGGCUCCCACAAUGCCCUGCAUGGAUGCUUAAUUUUUUUUCAACACAGGUUUUGGCUUGUCAUACUCCUUUUUUUUUAGUCCCAAACUAUGCCUAGCCCUGGACUAAGCCCAUUCCCAGUCUAUCUGAAUUUUAUUUAUUUUUAUUCAUUUUUAUUUCUGUUUCAAACCUCUAAAUUAAUGUUGCUUUCACAUCAAGGUACAGUAGCUGUAUACAGUCGCAGCAACCGAUAAACAUUUCAUCGUACUCAGCGACCGUUCGUUUUGGUAAAAAACAGUCCGAGAGGUACUUUAGCGAGCAAUCGUGACCGAUGCUAGCUUGAUGUGAAAGCACAUUGUUUUCAGCAACUGAUCGAAAUGCCCUAUUUAUCCUCUGUGAUGUUAAUGUGCAUAGCGUAAAAUAUGCGCAUAUCAUGAUGUGCACAAACUUACAGCAACCGAUGGCUCUGGGCCUGACCAGAUUUUGACGGAGAUGUGAAAGCACGUCCGAUUGGUCGCUGGGUACGGUGGCUGUUGUGAAAGCACUAUAAGUCUUGUAUUAGCUGCCAAAUAUGUCCAUCUGAAUCAGUUGGAA